AUGGGUGUAGAUCCCCCGAAGCACACUCAACGCCCGGAGAAACCUCCCCCAUCUCGUCACGUUCACUUCCAGAGUGACGGCUACGAGUCAACAACAGCUUCUGAAUCUUCCCCUGCCAUACGCGGUCGCCUCGGUGCCAAGCAAUCAACGUCCAAGACACAACAGUCGUCCACGUUCAACCUCCCUCUCCACCCCAACCGCAAACACCAAAUAUUACCUGUCGAAGCGAAGGCAAAGACCAGCGAGGACGCACCUGCCGCCGCUGACAAGACCUCAACGUCGCGGCCAGAAGAGAUAAACACUCAGCCCACCAACUUCCCUGCGCUCGGAGUUGCACCUGGUGGUCAAGAGCAGGCAGUACCCGCAGGUCCUUGGUAUACCUCGGCUCAACCUCAGUUCAGCCUUGUCCAUUCCCACCCUGCCUUCCCUGGAGGCGCACCCUACGGUUUCUAUCCUCAGCAACCUCAUCUAGCCAACAUGGCAGCCUUUCCGCUUGCUGGCCCGUUCGCCAAAGGUGUAAACUUCCAGCCUCCCGUGCCAGACACCACUUACGGCCCAAUGAACCAUGUCUAUAUCCCACGAUUCGACAAUGGUCUUGGUCCCCAUCCGACACCUGGGCAGCCGAUGCCUCAGUCCGCGCCCUAUGGCAUCAUACCCCCUGGCGCGGUUCCUCCUCAUCAGGCUCCUCCCGGCGCUUUCAUAGCUCAGCAACCCGGCUUCGUCGCUAACCCAACGGCCGUCUACAUGCCCCAGCCCGCGAUGUUUGGCGCCGGUCAGCCCGGCGUCACCGGCCCCGGUAACCAGCCCGUACCAAGCGGGGGUUUCAAUGGUCCCGGAGGUCCUCCUCCCUUCCUCGCAGGCAACACUGGACCAUAUCCCGACGUUUCUGGUCUAGGUCGCACGGGGGCCGAGGAGCAGGCCCGUCAACUUCAGUUUGCGCACGGCAACAGGGUCUUUGAACAGCAGGAGUUCAAACCGUCGGACGACGAUCCCAGUCGUUUCUACUACGUACGCGAGUUGGAUGGUAACUGGACCCAGCGCAGCCGCUUUUGCAUCGAUCAAAUGGGUGAUUGCCGCUGGUUUGUCACUGACGAGGGCUGGUUCUACGCAACGCGUCUGCCUAAUUCCUCCAAUGGAGAGCCCACACCUGAGCUUGAAGCGUCGAAAAAGACCAAGGCAGUUGACACCAAGUCAACAACCCCCAAACCCGCCAGCACCACAUCGACCGAGACACUGCAAAUAGUGGUCGGCUUCUAUGACGGCGUCCUCCACGGUCUCACCGCACAGAUACACCCUCCCACCGGGAAGCAAAAGAAACAGUCUGUCGAGUUUGCCGACACCUUCCUCCUUACCGCCCACACCAAAGCCAUCCGCUGCCUCGCCGUGUCCCCCGUCUCGAACCCGAUCCCGGGGCAAACACAAAAGGUCAUCCUCGCGUCGGGAAGCAACGACUCCAAGAUCAACCUCUACGACCUGUCAGCCCACCCGCCCAAGGAGCAGGAUGAGGACCCUCUCAAGUUCGCUGCGCCCCGACCGAUCAAGGAAAACAAGCGAAACCGAGAGCUGGGCAACCUAGAGCACCAUGCGUCCGCCGUGACGGCGCUGGACUUCCCGACGAGGGGCAAGCUCAUGUCGGCGAGCGAGGACUCUACGGUGGCUGUGACACGGACGCGCGACUGGGCGCUGAUCGGGACCAUCAAGGCGCCCAUAGCCAAGGCCGAAGGGCGGCCGAGCGGUGACACGGCGGCCCACGACGGCACGCCGCAGGGCGUCAACGACUUUGCGGUGCACCCGAGCAUGAAGCUCAUGAUGAGCGUGAGCAAGGGCGAGAGGAAGGUCAGGCCGUGGAAUCUGAUGACGGGCAAGCGCGCCAAGGCGUUGAACUACGAGCGCGAACUUUUACAGCAGAUUGGCGAGGGCAAAUACACAUCAGGCGAAGGAAAAAGGGUUGCCUGGGGCCACGUCGACGGCGAGGACGAGUUUGCCUUGGGCUUUGACCGUGACGUGGUCGUGUUCCGCAUGGCGGGUGAGCCCAAGUGCAGGAUCUUGUCGACGACAAGGACAAAGGUUCACCAGGUUCGCUACUUCUCCCUCUCGGACGAGGGCGCGUCAGACGCGGACGCGGACAGCUUAGCGCAUAGCCUGCUCGCCGUGUCGACGGAGGAUGGGCGCAUCGUCUUUGCGUCAACGCGCGAGGAGCACCUGACCACGAUCGCGGGGGUCAAGGACACAAUGGCACCGGGCACGGCCCGAACAGUCUGCGAAGUAGGCGGGAAAGCCGACGGCGUGACGGGACGCAUCAAGGAUUUCGUGGUCCUCCAGAGCGGAAAGACGUUGUACGUGGUGGGCGGGAGCAGUGAUGGGCAGAUCAGGCUAUGGGCCAUUGGUGUGGAGGGUCUGCGGGGUGCAUUGAACUCUCUCGCGGCAGCCGACGGCGGACAACCUCUAGGCGCGCUGAUUGGGACGUACGGCACCGAGAACAGGGUGAUGUGCAUGGCUGCGUACUUGAUGAUACCCCAUCCCGACGGAGACGAAGAGCAAGACGACUUUGAGGACUUUGAGGGUCUGGAUGCGGAGGAUGACGAUAGUAGCGACGAGUAG